AGCGUCAGCGCACGCGCAGCCUUUUUCCACGGAGAGCAAGUUCAAGCUGCGUGGACGCAGUAGUAGUGAAACGAUCACGCGAAGCGGACCGCUCGCGGAUCCGCGCUUCCAUUUUCCGCGAGUCGCAAAUGUUUAGUUUUUAAAUCAUGGAUAAUAAAAUCUCAAUUGCUUUAACAUUACUUUUAACAAUUUGCAAUCAAGCACAAGGAGAGAAAACGCAAGUGCAAAACGUUGCGGCUGAUUGCCCGAGCCUCACCGAUGGCGACAACUACACACAAUCAGAGUUCCUAUCCCGGCUGGCCCACCAAUGCCGCUAUGAUCGGCUGCUGCUGCCUACCUACACCACUGGUGACGUAGUGUAUGUGCAUGCGAGCGCCUACGUCUACUUCAUACAACCCGCUGAGGCUCAUGACUUGAACUUCAAACUUCAUUUUCUGCUUCAACUACGAUGGACUGAUCCUCGGCUAGCGUAUAAAUUAUUCUCACCGGAGAGGUUAAAGAUUAUCGGUGAAAGUGAUUUAAGAGAAAGAGUAUGGGUUCCUCAUCUGUACAUGUCCAAUGAACAGUCCUCAAGCUUGAUGGGAACGGACAGCAAAGACGUGCUGAUAUCAAUAUCACCCACCGGCGAGGUGCUGUUCAGCAGACGAAUGCAAGCUGUACUCUACUGUUGGAUGAAUCUACAAAAGUUUCCAUUCGAUGAUCAAACCUGCUCAAUGAAUUUGGAGAGCUGGAAGUACAACGCCUCCAUUUUAAGGCUAAUGUGGGAAAAAGACAGCCCGGUCCGGUUGUCGUCGGAGCUACAUUUAACGGAAUAUUCUCUGCUGGAUUUUUGGACGAAUGAGUCAGUUGUCCGUGGGGAUAUUGUCAACAUGCGUCUCGGCGAAGGAAGAUCCGGAAACUAUAGUGCCUUAAAAUUCACGUUCAAACUGGGUCGUGAAGUGGGUUACUAUUUGAUGGAUUACUUUAUCCCUUCAAUGAUGAUUGUCGCUAUGUCGUGGGUCACGUUUUGGCUGCAGGCAGACGCAUCGGCACCUAGAAUAACACUAGGUACAAGCACGAUGUUAUCGUUCAUCACAUUGGCGUCCUCUCAGGCGAAGACAUUACCGAAGGUGUCAUAUAUCAAAGCUAGUGAGAUCUGGUUCCUGGGCUGCAUUGGCUUUAUCUUCUCUGCAUUAGUUGAAUUUGCUUUCGUCAACACCAUUUGGCGUAGAAAGAAAGCGGUUAGUUUGAAGAAGGUGAACAGUAAAUACAUAUUGAAGAGCACGCUGACGCCGCGGCUGGCUCGCAAGGAGCUGCAGAAAGAGUUGCAGGAGUCGUCGCCGCAGCUCAGCAAGUCACGGUCAUGUUCCUCACUCAACCAAGAAACCAGCACCGACCCUGCCGGACCUGGAUACAACAACUACUUGACCGUACACAGCUUCCCAUCUGCAAUGAACCUGCCGACCAUCACGACGCAGAGCUUCGACGACCUAAUUGGGCAGGGAGGCAAGCAACAGAGAGGCAACGGCAGCGAAGGCUCGGACGAGCCUCCCAAGCACAACUGGACCACCAUGACGCCCCAGGAGAUCGCCACAUGGAUCGACAAACGCUCCCGAAUCAUGUUCCCACUCUUAUUCAUCGUCUUCAAUAUUUUGUACUGGACUUUUGUUUACUGCCUAUAACAGCUUAAACAUGUCCCGUUUCCAUGUAUAGUUAGUUUCGGACGACCAUUUUAAAAGCAACAAGCGGUCGUACCAAAUGAAACAGAAUAUGUUUAGAGCUUUAUAAUAAACAUUAAGUAGUUUUACAAAACUUUAGUGGCCAUAAUAUUAUGUAUUUGACGAUCAAAUUAAGAGUAGUUCUUCUUCGUUAUUUGCCAAUCCGCGGAACUUGCCUUAAUGUUCUAGGUACGCGAGGUUGUAUCGAAUCGAGUCAUAAAAUAAAAUAACUUUUUUACUAUCCUUUUGUAACACGCGAAUGUGAUAUCUUCAUGGUGUUAGUUAAACGAACAUACCGCAAAGAAGUAUAAUAUAAACAAUAAAUUUAAUUAUUUAUGUAAUUUAUCUAUCUAGAUGACUAGUUAAAAUUCGUGGCCCCAUUCCGUCGUGUAGUGGUAAUUAGUGGGUCAUCCCCUUUUGUAACUAUAUUGAGUGUGUGAUAACAGUAUUGUGUUAGUUGGUCAUUCAAAACAUGGGACCAAUUAGAGAUUUAAUAAGUAGGUACUUAAGAUAAUUUUGAUGUGCUAUAUGAAUGUCACAAAACGUAUAUUAUUCGAUCGCAUUUAUUUGUAAAUCAUAUUUCAAAUGAGAUUAGUCGAUUAUAGUCAAACCAUACGUUACAUAUAAUAUUAAAUUAGCUAAGUUGCAAUGUAAUGUUUAAUCUUGUACGUUUUUAUUUAAGGUUUCAUCACCACGAUUACACUGUAAUCAUAGUUACCUACUAUUGUUACCUAUAGUAUACUAGUUAAAGAUUGGAACCUAUAUAAGUGUCUACUUACCUAUAAGUAGUAAAUUAGGACUAGGCACCUACUAUAUAAAUUAAAUUAUUUGUAACUUAUUGUUAUUUAAAGGUCGAGUUGUUAUUUACUAAGUUUGAAUUGUUAGAAAAAUCACGAUGUAUAUAAAACAUUGAAUAGUGCCUUCAAGAGAUUAUUUUAGGUAGUGUUAUAAGAAACUUGUCUGUGUAUUAGAUAAGUAAUGUUUGUAAUCUCAAUGAUAUAAACUCGAAUCACCAUUA